AUGCCUAGUAUACUUUAUUGUGUUUUCUGGUUUUACUUCCUUGCGGUCACCUGGUUCUUCUGGAGUUCGGUAGUGUCGGCAUGUUUCAAAAUCCAGAUUAUCCAACACUUGUAUAUUUCUAUGUUGGAUAGACUGUUUUCCUACGCCGCCUCGGCUGUCACAGUAAAAGACGACAUUAAAAGAAUAAGGAGUGUUGACAGUUUUGAAAACCUUGAUACGUAUGAUGAUGAUUUGAUUGAAAGGGACAUUCAACUAACUGAAGGAGGUGUAAAGGUUAAAAAUCAUCUUGUUCCAGAUCAAAAAGGAUUCAGAUUAUACUACCCAACCUACUUAGUUAAAUGUGGGAUAGAGGCUAUUAUAGAAGAUUCUGUCACCAAGAGAUUCACAGCUGCGGAGUUAAGAGUAUGGAAUUUCUUGAGUCGCAACCAGAGUUAUGUAUAUGCCAAGAGAGAUAACCAUACCACCCUAAUGAUGCUAUGGCUUGUGGGCCUCAUUGUUCGUUAUGUAAUAUUCCUGCCGUGCAGACUUGUUGUUUUCCUCUCUUCAGUUUUCUUCACGUGGAUUUUAGGCGCUGUGGCUCGGAAGCUUCCCCCUUCACGGUUUAAAAACUGGUUAUCCACCGAAGGAAUCCAGGCAGCCGUACGGCUUAAUUUGUGUUCAUUCUCUGCUGUUAUUCGUUUCCACAACAGAGAAAACCGCCCUAAAGCAAAUACAAUUUGUGUCGCCAACCACACGACACCGUUUGAUUGGUGCAUUUUGGCCUCAGACGUUACCUACGCUGUUGUUGGGCAAAAGCAUGGAGGAUUUUUUGGGUUUGCUGAACGGGUAAUCUCGUGUGCUGUGCCUGCCGUUUGGUUUGAUCGUGAGGAAGUUUUAGAUCGUCUUUCUACAGCUAAAAGGUUAAAAGACCACGCAGCUACACCGAAUGCUGAACCUAUUCUAAUUUUUCCAGAAGGUACUUGUAUCAAUAAUACAUCAGUCAUGAAAUUCAAGAAAGGUUGUUUUGAAGUGGGCGCUGAAAUUCAUCCUGUUGCAAUCAGAUACAAUCCAUUAUUUGCUGACUGUUUUUGGAACAGCAGUCUAGAUAGUUUAUUCCAGUACAGUUUAAAAAUAAUGACAUCAUGGGCUAUUAUGGUAGAUGUUUGGUAUUUACCACCCACUAGAAAAUCAGAUCAAGAAGAUUCAAUUGCAUUUGCAAGACGUGUACAGUAUAGUAUUGCACAAUGCGGUGGUAUGAUUGGAAUGGAUUGGGAUGGUGAAUUAAAACGAAACAGACCAAAAGACACAUUGAAACAUGCACAACAAAAAUAUGUUAGUCAAUAUGUCAUACCUGCUGACUCACAAUCAUCCUCUACAUAA